AUGGAAAAGCACCAGCUUCAGUGCUCCACCCAGGAGGAAUAUGCAGGCAGCUGGUUCUCCUUAUACAUGGGAGACGGUCAGAAGCUGGUAGCUCAAAAGAAAGCUUUGCCAACAGAAUCUACUGCCACCUUUGAGGUCCAUGAGGUUGGCCCAGAUGAGCAAUUCCAUUGUAGCUAUGAAAUCUGGGAGGCUGGGAGGACAAUCCGCUCUCCACUCAGCCAGCCUGCAAACAUUACAGAAGUGCAUUUCCUGAAGCCCUCAAUUGUUGCAAGUCCCAGCACAGAAAUCUCAGUGGGACAGAACUGGACACUCCAUUGUUCAGCUCCCUUUUCAGGUGUCAGCUUCGUCUUCUACCAGGCCAGAGACUUCCGAUAUGAGGUCACUCCUCAAGGGAAUGCCAACGUGGCUGAAUUCUCCCUGAAGAAUGUCUCAGAGGCCGAUGAAGGACGGUACACGUGCUACUACCACAGCCUCACCGACCCCGUUAUCUGGUCCAAUGCCAGCAACCCCGUGGUGCUGAAAAUCGUGGAUGGGUCUGAUGUUACCAGAUAUCAAGAGGUGUUGGUUGACUCUGCAGGGAAGCAUCGAGUGAAUUGUUCAAUGCCCCCCGUAGCUGAGGGAUGGUUCCAUCUUUAUGUUGAUGGGGAGUUCUUUGCUGAAAUC